CCGAGACCUUGUGCAGUGUGUGUGAGUGUGUAGCAGUGUGUAUGAGUGUGGAGAAACGGCAGUGUUUAGUAGACGUGCACUGUUCCUGGCUUCACGCGCUCUCGGUUCCAAGGCGGCGGAGCGUCUCGCGCAGCUGUGAGCAGGGAAAUUAAACACCGUUGACCGGAGUGUGUGUUUCUACCACAGAGACAGAAAUGAGUUGGGGAACGGAUCUUUGGGACCAGUUUGAGAAUCUCGACAAGCACACUCAGUGGGGCAUCGACUUCCUGGAGCGCUAUGCAAAGUUUGUGAAGGAACGGCUGGAGAUAGAGCAAAACUAUGCAAAACAGUUGAGGAGCCUGGUGAAGAAGUAUUGCCCUAAGCGCGCCAAAGAUGAUGAGCCCAGAUUUACGACAUGCCUGUCAUUCUACUCCAUCUUGAACGAGCUGAACGACUACGCGGGUCAGCGAGAGGUCGUUGCCGAGGAGAUGGGCCACAGGGUGUAUGGCGAGCUGAUGAGAUACUCACAGGACCUGAAAGCUGAGAGGAAACAUCACCUCCAGGAGGGACGGAAGACCCAGCAGUAUUUGGAGCAAUGCUUCAAACAGAUGGACAAUAGCAAGAAGAAGUUUGAGCGCGAGUGCCGAGAAGCAGAGAAGUCCCAGAUUCUCUUUGAGAGGUUAGACAACGACAUCAAUGCCACAAAGUCCGAGGUGGAAAAGGCCAAGUCCCAGCUGUAUAUGAGAACCCACAUGGCAGAUGAGAGUAAGAAUGAGUAUGCAGCUCAGCUGCAAAACUUCAACGCAGAACAGUGGAAGCACUUCCAUGUGGCCAUCCCACAGAUCUUCAAGAAUCUGCAGGACAUGGAUGAGCGCCGGACGGUGAAACUGGGAGAGACGUACCGGAGCUUUGCCGAGGUGGAGAGGAAAGUCAUCCCGAUCAUUUCCAAGUGCUUAGAGGGCAUGGUGAUCGCCGCCAAAAAUGUCGAUGAGCGCAAGGACACAUUAAUCGUGGUGGAGUCAUUUAAGUCUGGGUUCGAGCCACCGACUGACUUUCCCUUCGAGGACUUCAGUCAGAACAUCCAGCGCACAGGGUCAGACGGCACCAUCGGCACUCCUAAAAACGACCCAGGCAAACCCGACCCCAAACACGCGUUAGGAAAAACCAAGAACAAACUCUGGUUGUUUGGGAAAAAGCCCAAGCUCCCCCCUUCUGCUCCUCCCCCACCCACUCCUAGUGUCCUUUCUGCCCAUUUCCAGUCUCCUAAAUUCCCCACUGAGCGAAUAACGUACUGUCUCAAUGAAAUGAGAACGGUUACGUCCAAGAUCCCAACAUUCCGGGGUCUAAAGAGAGGGUGGUCGGUGAAGCUGGCUCCAAACCUCGAGGAUCUCAGCCACCUGCCUCCAGAACAGAGACGCAAGAAACUUCAACAGAGGAUUGACGAGCUCAGCAGAGAACUGCAGAAAGAAAUGGACCAAAGAGAUGCAUUAAAUAAAAUGAAGGACGUCUAUGAGAAGAAUCCUCAGAUGGGUGACCCGGGGAGUCUCCAGCCCAAGAUCUCUGAGACCAUAUGCAACAUGGAGAAGCUGCGCUCUGAGAUACACAAAAAUGAGACAUGGCUGGCAGAAGUGGAGGGGAAACAGAGUUCCCGUAGCGAACGGAGGUCCAGUUCAGAUGUGAAUCAUCACGCACCGCAUGGCAGAGAGAGUCCUGAAGGCAGUUACACAGAUGAUCCCAACCAGGAGCACCGGGCCCCCCGUCAACCCGACCAGCACGAGUUUGACGAUGAAUUUGAAGAUGACGAUCCCCUUCCUGCAAUCGGCCACUGCAAAGCACUCUACUCUUUUGAUGGCACUAAUGAGGGCACGUUGGUGAUGAAGGAGGAUGAGGUGCUGUAUGUUAUCGAGGAGGAUAAAGGUGAUGGCUGGACGCGAGCUCGUAAGCAGAGUGGCGAGGAGGGCUAUGUUCCCACCUCCUACGUGGAGAUCACGCUGGAGAAGCACAGCAAAGGUGCGGUCACCUAUAUUUGAGCUGAUCUGAAGCAUGGUCGCCCAGCCAUGCUUGUCAUGUUGACUCUUGGCAUCGGCAGCUCCAUAGCCUGCAUCACACCCUGUUCACUGUGUGAGCCUAUGGACAAACACACAAAUAUACACACACUGGGUAAAGUAACCCUGACGUUGUUUACUUCAGUGGCAGGUUACUUUCCUUUUCACAUUUCAGAUUUUAUUUGCCGUUCUCGGUUCUGAAUAGAAGUUUUCCACUCGGACUAUUAUCUUUGUCAGUCCUAUAAAGUGACCUUUUGUCUUAUGCAGUAGGAUAAACAGAUUGCAUCUUAAUGAACAAUACCUUAUUUUCAGUAAGUAUUACUGAUUAAUGUACCUUGAAGUGUUUCAGGUGCCACCUUCCUUGCCAUCUAUGCGCAAGCUCAGGCCUUUAGAAGUUCAAAUCAUUGAGCAACGCGGAUGUUGAGCGCACAAACUUGGUGCGUUUGUAUGGGCUGUGUAACGUACACCAGCUUGACGCAUGUGACUUCUCAGUCCUAUCCUGUGAUUCCUGGCCAAAUUUGUAUAAUCCACUUUUAUGUGCUGCAUCGCUAAACUUCAAAUCGUUAUCCAUCCAUCCAUCCAUCUUCUAUACCGCUUAAUCCUUUUCAGGGUCACAGGGACACCUGGAGCCUAUCCCAGGGAGCAUCGGGCACGAGGCGGGGUACACCCUGGACAGGGUGCCAAUCCAUCGCAGGGCACAAUCACAUACGCAUUCACACAUCCAUUCAUACUCUACGGACACUUUGGACAUGCCAGUCAGCCUAUCAUGCAUGUCUUUGGACUGGGGGAGGAAUUCAAAUUGUUAUAUGAUAAAUAAAUUUUAAAAAAUCUCAGGAUCUGCAGUAUAUCUGUGUUAGUCUGCACGUAGGCCCUCGGUCGUCUCUGGUCGUGUUUUGUGUGAGUGACGGUGCUUUCUUUCCUCUCUCUGUGGCUACAGGUUCCUGAGUGGAUGAGUGGGGGCUCUGUGGUGUUGGUGGAAGGGACACGCUGCUCUGGGUCUAUUAGUAGGUAGUGCAGGGGCUUUUAGCUGAAAGAGACAGGAACAGAGAGAAGCAAGCAGAUCGCAUGUUUGCAUGCCGUCUCUCGUUUCCAUUAACAUCAUUUCGAUUCAGCAGAAGCUUGUGACAUAGAUGUGGUAGAAGAUUUGGGGGAGAGGGAUGGAAUAGGGUGGGGGUGUAAAGUGAGGAAUCAGCUGCAUGGUAGAAAAGAGUAGGAAACCCAAAGAGCUGAUCUAAUCUGAUGCAUUUAUCCUAGACUGUGCCUGACCCUAACAUUUCGCCUUGUUGCACUCCUCCAUUCCAGCGCUGUCAUAGGGAUCAAUUUUUUUCCUAUGUCAUCCCUUUUUGCUUGCCUUAACAUGCAUGACGUGAACAUGUCACUCCCUCUCUCAGGGCUGAGCCGUCAGCUCGUGGUAGGAUGUAACCACUUCUAAUCCUUCAUCACCCCAUUUCUGUGAUGUCUUUUUAUAUCAUUAUUGCAUUUUUUUUUUUUUUUUUACCCCCCAUUUUGACUGUAUCCAUCCACAAUAACACAUCCAUCAUGAAUGCUAAGUAUAGCACAAAUGAACCAGAGUAGACACAGGACAGGACCACAGCAGCCCUAUCACCAAUCACCAACGUAAUUAUAACCAACUGGCAGUUCUCACUCAGUGUGUGCUGUGGAUCAAAAAUACCACCUUGGACCAAUAGAGGGUGACUCAUCAUCAUAUAAAACGCACCAAAGCCUGGAUGUGCGAGAAAUGCAGCGAACACUCCAACCUUCCUUCCAGCCAAUCCUACACCUUUUAUUCUCCCUUCCAGCUCUCAAUAUCCUGCUUGAGGAACUCGGUUUUUCAAAUAAGCGUUCGCAUUAUCCAAAAGUGUCUGCGUUAUUCCUUCCGUGUGUACGUUUGUGAAUGUGUCAUGCAUAUCUUAAAACAAUGUGUACGCAUACGAAUAUAUCUGUGCAUACAGUAUGUAUAUACCUAGUUAGGUUUUAUUACUGAUUUGUAAGUAUUAACAACUUUUAUUUCAUACUGAAUGUGUUUUUACCAUGUCUUUUUUAUAGGGUUUUUUAAUCGUGCGAAUGAUUUUUUCGCUUCUUCGACUCGUGCUGUUUUCUCUUUGUAAUCAGUGCUUCUUUUAGAGUCUGAACACUAUACUUGCAUAGGACCCUGAUCUUAACCGAUGCACUUUUGACCCUAUUUCAUUUAAAUUUCGAAUUGAACGGAUGAAUGAUGUUGGCUGUGACUGCUACUUUUUUGUAUAAAUAUAUUGUACAGUAAGACAACAGUGACCACUGUCUACUGGGGUAUUUGAUCAAGAGUGAGAGCAAAAAGGAAAUAAAUGCUGAAGUCCCUUUGUCUCA